GCUCUGCUUCUCUGUCUGGCUUGCGGAGAUGGCGGUGGCGGCGGCGACGGCGGAUGUGGUGGAGGAGCUCACGAGGGUGUACCGGGAGCUGCCGCCGCGGCCGGCGGUGGAGGAGGUGGAGGCGGCGGCGGCGGUGCUCGCCUCGGCCGACGCGGAGGAGGAGGCGCGCCUGGCGGACGUCGCGCGGGAGGAGGCGGCGCGGCUGCGGGAGGCGGAGGGGGUGCCCGGGGAGCUCCUCGCCGUGCUGCGCGAGGCCAGGCGCGCCGCGGUGCGGCUGCGCGCGCUGCAGCAGCGCAAGGAGGCCGCGCACGUCGUCGAGCUCGAGAGACGCUUCAAGGUGCUCGACGGCCUCAUCCAGAGGGCGUCGCGGGUCGUGUCCCCUUCCGGCGAAGGUAGCAGAAGCGGCGGCGGCGGUGUGGAGAUGGCGGUGGUAGUGGAGGAGAUGGAUGCUAGGCGUAGCGACGUCGCGGCGGCGGCCGCGGUCGGGGAGAUAGAGCGCGGAAACAGGGGUGUUGGCUUCGGCUUGGACACCAAGGCCGUCUCGUCUCUGCUUCGCAAUGGUUCUACAGGCAGUGAUAUGGUGGACCAGAAAUUGAGCCUUAUCCAAGUGGCAAGCCUCAUAGAGUCAUCUGCAAAGAGAGGGACUACGGAGCUCAAUCUCCGAGGGAAGCUGGUAGACCAAAUCGAGUGGCUCCCCGUUUCACUUGGGAAGUUGCAAGAUGUUACUGAGCUUGAUAUAUCUGAGAACAGGAUCAUGGCACUCCCAUCAACAGUUGGUAGCCUUAGAUACUUGACAAAGCUUGACAUCCACUCAAACCAGUUGAUCAAUCUGCCUGAUACAUUUGGGGAACUAUCUAGCUUAAUUGAUCUUGAUUUGCAUGCAAACCAGCUGAAGUCUCUUCCGGCAUCAUUUGGAAAUCUCACAAGCCUAGCAAACCUUGACCUGAGCUCGAAUCAGUUCAAGAUACUGCCAGACUGUAUAGGAAAAUUAAUGAACUUGAGAAGAUUAAUAGCUGAGACGAAUGAGCUUGAGGAGCUACCCUAUACUAUAGGGUCUUGCAUAUCUCUUGUGGAACUUAGAUUGGACUUCAAUCAGUUAAAAGCCCUUCCAGAAGGUAUUGGGAAGUUGGAAAAGCUAGAAAUUCUCACAUUGCACUAUAACAGAAUCAAAGGUCUGCCUACAACAAUUGGUUCGCUUACCAGACUGAGAGAGCUGGAUGUCAGUUUCAAUGAAGUUGAAGGAAUCCCUGAGAGCAUUUGCUUUGCGACUAGCCUUGUAAAGUUAAAUGUCAGCAGGAACUUUGCUGAUUUAAGAGCACUACCAAGAUCAAUAGGAAAUCUUGAGAUGCUUGAGGAGUUGGACAUCAGCAGCAACCAGAUAAGAAUGCUGCCAGAUUCAUUCGAGUUCCUUGCAAAGCUUCGUGUAUUUCACGCCGAUGAGACUCCGCUAGAAGUACCACCAAGAGAAGUUAUCAAGUUAGGGGCUCAGGCGGUGGUCCAGUAUGUGGCUGAUAUGGUUGCUUCAAGAGGAGCAAGCCAGAAGAAAACAGACGGGACAAGCUUCUGGGCCUGGUUCCGCUCACUGUUUGGUUGCUGCAAAAAAGAUGAAGAACUGGGAUUGGUUCCAGCUUAGCUGAAGCAUUUCGUCUGUAUGUAUGUAUCAUCAUGAUUUGUUCAUGUCCCAGGUCAGCAAUGAAAGGAAGGUUGCCCUUCAUGUUGAUUCUUUGCAUUCUUCCUACGUUUGUGGUUUGUGUGUGUAUGUGUAGUUUUCUUGUAAAGGUUCACCACUAGUUCUUUCUUCAAGAACUAGUCAUAUUUACUUCUGUGUGUAACUCCACCUGUAUUAUGAGAUAGCAUAUGACCCUCAAUUACAUUAAACAUGUCUAUCUGAAAUUUGUAUGCGAUCUGUCUUAAGUACUAGUCCUGAUGCA